CUGUUUGUGCAAAUAGCAAGAAAUUGUUUCGUUCCAUGCACUGUCGUCCGUCGUCCAAGCGGGGUCGAUUUUGUCCCGGCAAAAAUCUCAAUAUCUAGCAAAAUUAACGUCUUCGCUUUGAUUCAUUUUGUCCAUCAAUCGUUUAAUAGGGCCAAAAUAAAAAUGCGGGACACGAGCAGCGACGUGGAUAGCUUGGCGGCCGCGCUGCAGCAAAGCUCCCUGACGCUCGGCACGGUCUCGUUCGACGGCCAAGGCUUGAAGCUGAACGACGAGCAGGACGCGGACAAGGUUGUCCAGGAAAUGGCCAAGCACCGCGGCACGAUGGAGGUGCUCAACCUGGCCGGCAACACCCUGGGUGUGAACGCGUGUAAAGCCAUCGGCAAGGAGAUCGAGUCGCACCCUGAGCUGCGUUUCGCCCUCUGGAAGGACAUGUUCACGGGACGCAUGAAGGAGGAAAUCCCGGACGCCCUCCGCUUCCUGGGGUGCGGCCUCGUCUUAGGCAAGGUCAAGCUGACCGAGCUGGACCUGAGCGACAACGCCUUCGGACCCAUCGGCAUCGGCGGACUGAUCACCCUGCUGAAGAGCGAACCCUGCUUCAGUCUGCACAUCCUCAAGCUCAACAACAACGGCCUCGGCAUCAGCGGCGGAAAGUUGCUGGCCAAAAGCCUGCUGGAGUGUUACGAAGCCAGCGGCCACCAGUUGGCCCUCAGGGUCUUCAUCGCCGGCAGAAACAGACUUGAAAAUGAAGGAGCCAAGGCCUUAUCUCAGGUAUUUUCCACCCUGGGCUCUCUUCAAGAAAUCACGAUGCCUCAAAACGGAAUUUACGCGCCUGGCUUGAAGGCGCUGAGCGAGGCGUUCAAAAAUUGUCCUGACCUGAAAGUGCUGAAUUUGAACGACAACUGCAUGGCGCGGCAGGGCGCCGUGUCUGUGGCUGAGGCGUUGCCCUUGCUCAAAAACCUCCAGUCGGUCAAUUUCGGCGACUGCCUCGUCAAGUCCGACGGUGCCAUAAAAAUUGCCUCUGCUCUGAAAGCCAACGAGAAACUGGAGGAGGUGAUUCUCUCCUUUGACGAAAUAAAAUCUCGCGCACUGCCGGUGAUUUGCGACUCGUUACGCGGAAAGACGGCUCUGAAGAUUCUUGAUCUUGAGGGCAACACUUUUGGCAGCAAAGGCAGAGAAAUUCUGACUCGAUAUCCGGAUCUGCCGAUUAAACUUGGCGAAGACGAGGACGAAGAGGAGGAGGAGGAAGAGUCUGAAGAAGAGGGGGAGGAGGAGGUAGAGGAAGAAAAGGAGGGAGGGUCUGAAGAAGAAGAAGAGGGAGAAGUGGUUGCGACCACCCCUGUCAAAGCGGCACAGCCGCAGGUCAUCCAGGUCACGGAGUCUCCGGAAAAGGAGUUGAGUGUUGAGCAGUUCCUGAAGGAGCCCCUUUCCAGAAAAUUCUCCCUGCUUGGCACGGAGCGCUACUCAAAAAUCAAAAGCUACUUCGAAAGUCUCGCGGAAUCCGAUUUGACCACCAGGGGCGUUGAACUCUUCAUGUGUGUCUGCAGUUCUGCGGCUUGCAAGGAUGAAAAGAUAAAGUCGGACGCGCUUGAGAUUGGUUUGCUGCUUUUCACGAAGUUGUUUGACUGGGCCAAAAAGAGCGAUUCCGUCUCGCUGCUGAACAAUUCCUUGCUGAUCAACAUGCAGCUGAUCAAGGCGGAGGAGGGCAACAAGUACAAGCCAGUGGUGUGGAACAUUGAGGGGUGCUUGAUUGUGCUGGAGAAAAUUUGCAACCAAAGCCUGUUGCCCAACCUUACCAAAGACAUUCUCAAAUUGUUCCUUCAGCGACCUCAUGUUAAAGUUAAUGACUACCUUGAUGCUAAAAACAGACUGUUAGCUGCGCUUUAGUCUGGUUUAUUUUUAAUUUUAUUCAUGUUCGCCUGACACUCCAUUUCUUACAAUAAUUUAUGUGUAAUAAAAUUAUGAUGUUCUCUUAAAA